AUGGGACCUCUUCCAUUUAUUUAUAACGCAGGCGUUAUCAAAUUGCUUGGCCAAUAUUUAGAAACACAACCAUCUCGACACACAUUCUUUAUUUACGGUCCAUAUCAAUCCGGAAAAACAAGGACUUUAUUACAUGUUUCAGAAUUAUAUGGUCAAAAAGGAUUUUUACCGAUCAACUUAGAUUUUUCAGAUGCAAAGUCUAUUGAAGAGAUAAUUGGCUUCGGAAAAUUAAGUAUCAUGCGUUCUAUUAGUGAUCAUACAAAUUAUCUUAAAAAUUUAACAGUCAACGUCACCGUCAAACCAAAGAAAAACGCUAAAAUUCUUACACCAGAAGAUCUUCAACUAAUACAACGCAAAAUCGCUUCUUUACCACUACUUCAAGAGAAAUUAUUAGCAGAAUUAGAUCGUUCUAAGACAGAAUCUGAUGGUCUCAAAGACUUCUUUGGCCAUCUAGAGGAUGCUUUUGACGAUUUCAGGCCUGCAGUCUUUAUUGCUGGUGGUCAAAAUCUUCAACAGCAUUGUUUGCCACUUUACAACGCUAUUCUCUCUCAUGCCGCACAUAAGGACCAAUACAUGGACAGAAUUCCUCUUAUUAUUGAAACAUCAAAUGCAAUUUUGAAGAUGAAAGUUUGGCCACCUCAUUUCAGAUUGGUUGAAGUCUCUAAAGUCACUGAUCCAUAUAAGUACUUCGUUAAGGACGUUCACUGCUUUACAAGACGUGAAAUGAAACGUAUUAUGGUCGUUGUCGGACCACACGGCGGUGAAAUAGAGUCAGUCUUCGAACAGCUUAAAAUUGGCUACGAGAUAGAACAUGCUUUGAAGGAACGUGUAGAUAAUUUGAAAUUUAUACGCGAUUAUCAGCUCUACGGCACUAGAUUUGGCCAAGAAGUAUGCAAGACAGGUAGAAAGUACUUUGAACAAAUCAAUUCUACAGAACCAUUUGCUCCUCUUGUUGUUAAUGGUUAUGUUUAUAUUGAUAAGUUCAAUAACCUUGUUCCUGCCAAUAAAAUUGUUCAGAAAUACAUUUGUAAAGCAAAUCCUUAA